CUGAGAAGACAGACACCAGUGCUGAAAGAUCACCUCUACAAAUAAAGAGUGACAGUGAGAGCAAAGCUGAUCCGCAGUUAUCUGGCUCUGUAUGCUCAGAUGCUCAAUCUGUAAGAAGGAAGAAGGUGAAGGACUCUACUGAGGACACUGCUGCACCAGCUGUGGAUGCUGGCUCACUUUUGGUUGCAGCCGGCACAGCCAUCUCAGGGGAAAGCCACCAGGUCACAGCAGACAUGAAGCAGGAUCUUCAUAUGGCACUUAACACAGAAGAUAUGAUGUCAGACCAACCUGAUAAAAAACUUGGCAAAGAGAGAGAGGACAAUGUCUCAGAGAGAGAUACAUCCCAAAGCACUCCCAAACCCAGGCCUGUCUCAGAACUCAUAAAGGAGACCAUUCAACUGCAUGAAAAGCUGCAGCACCAGGACCGGCCAAAGCCAGCUGAAGUCAAGUCUGAUGAGCAGGGCCAGUCUGUGAAGGUGGCACAGAUGAAGGCGGCUUUCGACUCAGCUCAGAAAUCCCCAGACAAGGCAAUCGAGAGGAAGCCGUCAGUAAGAAAAGAUAUGAGACGAGUUGUACGGCAGAGCAAAUUCCGUCACGUCUUUGGCCAGGCGGUGAAGAAUGACCAAUGCUACGAUGAUAUCCGGGUGUCAAGGGUCACAUGGGACAGCUCCUUCUGUGCAGUCAACCCCAAGUUUGUUGCCAUAAUUAUAGAGGCCAGUGGUGGUGGAGCUUUCCUGGUUCUCCCUCUUCACAAGACGGGACGCAUUGACAAAUCCUACCCCACAGUGUGUGGUCACACAGGCCCAGUGUUAGACAUUGACUGGUGUCCCCACAAUGAUCAGGUCAUUGCCAGCGGUUCUGAGGACUGCACAGUGAUGGUGUGGCAGAUUCCUGAGAAUGGCCUUGUCACUCCCAUGUCUGAGCCAGUAGUGGUACUGGAGGGCCACUCCAAGCGUGUUGGCAUCAUCACAUGGCACCCAACAGCACGCAAUGUCCUUCUUAGUGCAGGUUGUGACAACCAGGUCAUCAUCUGGAACGUGGGCACAGGAGAGGCUAUGAUCAACCUGGAGGACAUGCACCCUGAUGUCAUUUACAAUGUGUGCUGGAACCGCAGUGGUAGCCUUAUCUGCACCUCCUGCAAGGACAAGUCCAUCCGUGUUAUCGACCCACGCAAGGAGACGAUUAUUGCUGAGAAGGAGAAGGCACAUGAGGGUGCUCGACCCAUGAGGGCCAUUUUCCUUUCUGAUGGCAACAUCCUCACCACGGGUUUCAGUCGCAUGAGUGAGAGACAGCUAGCCCUCUGGAACAUGCAAAACAUGGAGGAGCCAAUGACUGUUAAUGAGAUGGACACCAGCAACGGAGUGCUCUUGCCCUUCUAUGACCCAGACACCAGUGUUGUUUACCUCUGUGGGAAGGGUGACAGCAGCAUCCGUUACUUUGAAAUCACAGAUGAGGCUCCAUAUGUUCACUUCCUCAGCACCUUUGCCACCAAGGAGCCCCAGAGGGGCAUGGGCUACAUGCCCAAGAGGGGCCUUGAUGUCAAUAAAUGCGAAAUUGCGAGGUUCUAUAAACUGCAUGAAAGGAAGUGUGAGCCUAUCGUGAUGACUGUACCUAGAAAGUCCGACCUGUUCCAGGACGACUUGUACCCAGACACAGCUGGACCCGACCCUGCCCUGGAGGCUGAGGAGUGGUUUGAUGGCAAGAAUGGAGACCCCAUCCUCAUUUCCCUCAAGAACGGCUACGUCCCAGGCAAGAACCGUGAAUUCAAGGUGGUCAAAAAGAACAUUUUGGACAACAAGGGGACCAAGAACUCAGAGAAAUCAAGCCAUGCCAACAAGUCUGCCUCCCCAACUCCAUCAAUUAAAUCUGAAGCCAAGCUGGAGGAGAUCUUGAAAGAAGUCAAAUCCCUCAAGGACCUGGUCAGCAGUCAGGAGAAGCGAAUCGUCAAACUUGAAGAGCAAAUGUCCAAAAUUGCCAUUUAGGGACCCUUUACCCAACCCGCUACAAUUCAGGACGUUCUAUUGGCUGGGGGGAGGGCAGGACCAGUCACUGCCUAUCUCAAUGACAGUGUUUUGUCUGAGGCCUGCCUAGCAAUGAUCCCUAGCAACAUUCCAGAUGAACUUUUUCUUAGCCAGCCCCCAACCCUCACUUUAACACAGGUGGAAUAAGGACGUGUGGAAAAUUUAGCAGAAAAUACUCUUACUGCGUUUUGGUGACAAAGGACUCUAUUCCUUUUAUUGUGUGGCAGUCAUUUUUUAUUUUACAUAUUCCUUUGCAUUUUAGAAAUAUGACCAAGAAAAUCCCAGUGUCAAGUCCCUUUUUAUCAUUGCAUACCCAAAUAUUUUUUUAAGUAGCUAUCAAUGUUUCAUGUUACCAUACCCCAAAAUUACAAUGUUGCCAAAUUAGAAAUUUUGUUUACGCCUCCUUAACAGUAUUUCUUUCUCUCUUUGUGGGAAGAUUCAAACAGUGACGCUCAGUGCUGUAGACUGGUUAUGUAAGGAAGAAUUUACUAUGAAAUUUAAAAUUAAUUUAAAUAAAUUGGAUAGUUAUGCAAGGAAGAUUGACAUCUCAAACUCUGUAAUUAGGAGGAAAUAAAUUCUGAUUGAAGACACAUUUAGCUGCCACAGUCUACACCAAGCACACACAUUUCAAAAAUGACAAGUCUUGCUGUCUGUGUUGAAGCUGCACAAAUUAACACCUGCUUUCUGCCAUUUCUUCUCAUUUCUGCUGCUUCCCAUCAUUCUGACUGUGGACAAUAGUCCAUGUAAACACACAUUCCUUUCUAUCUUGCUUCAUUAACAUGCACUGUGUGCUUAUUGGAGAAAAUGACAAACACAUUCCACAAAUCUCAUUGGCAGUUCUUGAUGCGGGGGAAAAAAUACUUCUAUAAAGUUCCUCUUUCUGUAAACACUCUCACGCUGUAGUGACUCGGUUACACUGGUUGGUUGUUAUUGUGACAUUUACGUGCUGCCCAUGAAAAGACCAACUUUGUGGAUUUUCAACCUCAGCUCUUCUUUGUUUUUGAGAGUUUCAGUGACCAACCUCAGUGUUAGGUAUCCACAGGUUUUGCUCAACACACAAGUGCAGUCAAGUGUAGUGGGAUUACUUUUUGUCACUGUUCCUUUGCAUUGUAUGCCAUCUCACAUAUCUAUUUUCUGUACAAACAAAACAGGAAUAGAUAUGAAAUGACACCAAGUAAUCACACAUUGACUUGACCUUUUUAAAACCAUCUGGUGAUAAAACUGGAGACUGCUACAGAAACUGUUCAUGAUAGACCUUAAAGGCCUAGAUUGUGUGAAUAUGUGCCUCAUGUCUUUGGUCUUUUGGGUACCUGUCACUAUGGAUGUUCCUGCUCAAUUUCUUAUUGGGGGUGGGGGGUUAUUAAAUGGACUCAAAGUAGAACCAAUUUUUUUCCAAGACUUGCCUCUAACUUGGAUGAAUUGAAUAGUUGGGUUAUUGCUUCUCUGUUAAUUUUAGCCUGUUUCUUGUUCCAGCUGUGCUUAUAUCCCUCUUAGCACUUCCACUAAUUGUUUUUUUUUUUUUAUGGUUAUUUCUCAGAUGCCCCAAUUCAGUAUAGUAAUUACAAAAUCAAGGAACCAUUGACUUGUCUAGUCUGAGCUGUUUUGAUCAGACAGCUAUGAUAAAAGCUUCCUGAUGUUUCAGAUUAGUUUCCCAGUGGGAAGCUGAGACGGGUGAUGGUUCAGUCUGUUGUUUUCCUUCAAUAUUUGUUACCACUGUAAAGACCUGAAAGUGCCAUAGCGGUGGCCAUGGAAGUGUUUGUAGGGGACUGUUGCGUGAGUAGAUUUGUGUAGUAAAUGGAAGAGUUGAUAGGUGCCCACAUUUACAACCACUUUGAGGUGCUAUACUUAGUGCAAACGCUAUGUUCAAAGGACCCUGUUCCUCAAGUGCUGUAUGUCAGCCCCCUGGAUGACAUCAUGAAGUCCUGCCAAUCCAUCCCACAAAUACACCAGGCAGCACUACUGCUCGGGGUAUGUUAGAAGCAUUGUGCCCCUGACAUUUUGACACUUUCCACCUCGGUACGGGUAUUCAAAACAUCUUAAAAAAUGAUGUCAAACCGAGAAUCUGUCGGCUGAACGCGCAGCCUUUUGAGUCAUCAUGGCUUCAAGAUGUGUUUUGAGCAGUGAGUCGUGGAAUAUUAGUGACAGGAAAUCUUCGGAGUGCUACAGAAAUGUUGGUCUGACACAAAUUAUACUGCCCUAUCUUGUAUAUCAGACUGCCACUCUAUGGAUUCUUUACAGCACUGUUGGCACGAGAGCUAAGUUUUGAGGAGUAGUAGUGAAUAGCGAUCCAAAGGGACACUGUAGGUUGGAGAAUGUGAACUUGAAAGAUAGAUGUAUGUUUGUAAUUAAGGUCUAGGAAAAUGAGUGAAAACUGUGUAAAUAACGUGACCAUAUUUUCUGUAUUUUUUUUAUUUCAUUUUUGAUUUGUGGUUGUGCUGAAGAGGGUAUUUUGUAUGGGGGGGGGGUUUUAAAUGUUUCCCCUUGUCUGUGUUCCCUGCACCUUGCCAUAAUGCAUCAUGAGAAAGGCAGAACCUCUGUUAUGUUGGAGAUCGUAUGAAUAUCAAGAAUGAAAAUCAGACUAAAACGAACCAAGAUGACACCUCAUGUGGAGGUCUGCUCAGCAUUUUUGUUCAUUAUUCUUGCUUCAAGUAUCAAACAUUGAUUAUAAGAAAAAUUAAUAAAGAAUUUUUAAAAUGG